AUUUACGUUACACUAUUUCAGAACACAUUGAUGAGAACAUCAUAUCAAGAGACAAAUAUUAAAGAAGAUAAGAGUCAAAGGAGCGAUGUUUCGUGUGGUAAUAUUGUUGAUGUGCAUAGGAUUACUUACAGCACAAUUUAAGAAACGUUUUGAAUUUGAGAAUAUUUUAGUCGGAAAGGGCACCCGACGAAUUCCAUGGCGAUCUGAGGCAUCAAAGUUAGCCUCGCUACACAUGUUCAAGGGCGAUGUAAUUGUUGUGAAUUUGUGUCUACCGGAAGCAACGUCCGUCACUAUUAAUGACCUUAUAUACUCCAAUGACGGUGAAAGCGACAGAUUAGAAGUGUUUCUGGACAAUGCAAAUAUUGGAAUUGUAAACACGGAGGCAAACAAUGGUGGAUUCGGAUAUUUCUGGGAUAUUUUCAAGUCGUCAGGGCAAGUAGCUGUGAGUCAGGAAUUGUUUGCUGGUAAUCAUACCCUCGCGAUAUUUGUACAAGAAGCAGAUUGUUACGGCAGUGAAUUUGACGCUCUGGACAUAUCUCUAAAUGUAAAUGUCAAUGAGGAGCAACUUUGGUGUGGUUUUGAGCUGAUAUAUGCUGAAAACCCGACACCGUGUGCUGUGAAAAUUGACAGCCCUCUAACUACAACUACACCAACUCCCCGUACGGUGCUUACUUCAGAUUCUACUUCAGCACAAACAACUUCAGGACAAACCACUUCAGCACAAACAACGACAGAACAAACUAGUUCAGCGCCAUCUUCUUCGGAACGACCAACUUCGAAACGAACAACAUCAGCACAAACAACUUCAGAACAAACUUCUUUACAGCCAACUACUUCGGAACGAACAAUUUCAGCACAAACAACUUCAGAACAAACAACUGUACCACAAACAACUGCACCACAAACUACUUCACCACAAAAAACUGCAGGGCAAACAACUGUACCACAAACUACUGUACCACAAACAACUGCACCUCAAACUACUGUACCACUAACUACUGUAAUACAAACAAUUGUACCUCAAACUACUGUACCACAAACUACUGUACCACAAACAACUGUAAUACAAACAACUGAACCUCAAACUACUGUACCACAAACUACUGUACCACAAACUACUGUAAUACAAACAGCUGUACCUCAAACUACUGUACCACAAACUACUGUAAUACAAACAACUGUACCUCAAACUACUGUACCACAAACUACUGUACCACAAACUACUGUAAUACAAUCAACUGCACCUCAAACUACUGUACCACAAACUACUGUACCACAAACAACUGUAAUACAAACAACUGCACCUCAAACUACUGUACCACAAACUACUGUACCACAAACUACUGUAAUACAAUCAACUGCACCUCAAACUACUGUACCACAAACUACUGUACCACAAACUACUGUACCACAAACAACUGUACCACAAACAACUGUACCACAAACUACUGCACCUCAAACAACUGCACCUCAAACUACUGUAUCACAAACAACUGUACCACAAACUACUGUACCACAAACUACUUCACCACAAACAACUGCACCACAAACUACUGUACCACAAACAACUGCACCACAAACUACUGUACCACAAACUUCUUCACCACAAACUACUGUACCACAAACAACUGCCCAACAAACUACUUCAACACAAUCUACUUCACCACAAAAAAACGCAGGGCAAACUACUGUACCACAAACUACUGUACCACAAACUACUUCACCGCAAAAAUCUGCAGGGCAAACUACUGUACCACAAACUACUGUACCACAAACUACUUUACCACAAACUUCUGCAGAACAAACAACUUCUGCAAAAACUACAACUGCAACUCCUUUGACACAAACUAUUUCUAUAAGUACUUCAACCAAGUCCUUGAUCACACAAUCUUCAACAUCUUCUGCACCUAUAAACUCUUCUACGACGGAAGUACCGACUGAACAGACCACAACACCGAAACAGGUUUCUUGUCAACAGCUUAGUUACGAAACUUUAUGUAUAGACAAGACAAAUGUCAACAUAAUGUUCAAUCCGUCGGUGUUCCGCAAUACAAAGAUAAUCGCACGAGAAGUACUGGAGGAAAUACCAAAACGUCAAGGAACAAGAGUUGGAGGUCUGGUUCGAGGAGAUAAAAACGAAAAUAAUGAUCGUGGAAAUCGCCGAUCAAAAAGGUCGACCACGGGUUUAUUGUGUGAUAAUUCGAUUUGGAUAAUAGGUGUUCCGGAUGAGGAGAAUAAGGAACUUGGUCCUCUCAGUAGACAUUCCUAUAUUGACUAUCUUGUGGACGGAAAAAAUAACCAUAGUACGUUCCCCGGUACAAUCGAUCCUCGAGUCACAAAGCAGAUAUUAAUCAAGUACAAAAUACCUAGGACAUUUAACAUCAAAAGAGGAAAGGUCGAUUUUGUUCUUGGAUUAACUAAUAUCUCUGAUAAUGUUUCAAUCGGGCUACAUUACUAUGGCAGAGCAGAAAAAAUGCCUUCAGACUAUGAAUUUAUGACAUUCACCCCUACUACACUUCAACAUGAGUGGUUAUUUCCUGCUAGAGUGGUUUCUCCGUCGCUUCAGAAUGAACUCGAACUGGUGACUGAUCAAUCGUCAACGACUCCUUUCAAGAUCGACUUCCUGCAACUGCGCUAUCAAAAGCGAGACUGGCCAACAACGGACGCACUUCUUUCCAACACGUCAAGCUUGUUUGUGCGUGGACGACGAUACGGACCCCAGCAGGGAAAGCCCUGGCCUGAACAUCACGGAAUGGAAGUAAUUUUUGAUGAUUCCUCGAAAUCAGGACGUUUCAAAAAAAUUGUAAUUUACAAAAUCCCAAACAUUUUACUGUUAACUGUUAUUGAUAACGGGGAAAUAUACGUAAACCACGAAACCAGUAGAGGACGCCAACAAAGUAUGGUCGACAGGAAAAAAGAUCGGACAUCGGAUGUUUCCGGCUUCACGCUCGGAAGAAUGGAUCAUCACAUCACUCUCAUAAAUAUUGACACGAGCAAGAACGAAGUUCACGUAACACUAGAGAAAGGAAAAUACGUCAAGUUUCUUCUCAUAUAUACACAAAAUGAGACAACAUUAACUGUGUUAGACACCAACAUGGAUUCCGGACCACUGUCAUUCUUUUCCACGUACAUAUCUCGCACAUCGGCCGCAGUGACGGAUAUGGUGAUUGACGGUGGCACCACCUUCCCCGUGAUGGACCCCUCGGUAAACAACGCUUUGGGGAAAUCAUUUACUUUUUUGAAGAAUAAUGAUGACAAUAGGUUUGAUGUCAACGAUAACCUUGAAUUUGUGUUCCCUUAGACGAUUAUCCCCGUACGUUAUCUUGUACUGUUUCUUCAAUAUUUUGAUUUUGCCGACAUUUGUAAAUUCUCUCUAUUUCCAAUACAGAAUGUUAAAAAACACACUAUAUAAGCAAAUCUUUGGUGCACCACAGCAAACACUGACAUCUCCAUUUCUCUGUUCGUACUGGAAAUAAUCAUGCAGAUCAGAAGCAAGAGUUGCCAAAUUUACAUUUUAGUUAUAUUAAGGAUGAAUACAACUAAAAAAUAAGAACAAUACGGACAUGAAAAUAUAGUUCAAAUGUUUCGAAAGUGUUGUUGUUUGAUCAACCAUAUCAUAGAUACCCUGUAUUAGCAAAUAAGUCCUAGUUUAUUGACUUUAUUGUCUCCCCAUCCACUGAGGGAAUACAUACUGUUUUGGCAUGGUUGACCGUCCGUUCGUCCAUGUUUAUGACUUUACCGACAUUUUGUUUAGGGGCUUUUUGUACAGUUUUUAAACAGAAAGUUCAUUCAAACAACUGUUGUUUUUUUAAGGAGAAACCUCAUUGAUCGUAAAUGUUGGGACGUCUGUCUGCCCGUCCGUCCGUCUGCCCUACAUACAGUCGUCUGUGCUUCAAAAGUUAUUGAGUUAUAGCCAUGGACAUGUACAAGAAUGCGUAUCAGCAUGUGCAGUUAUGCAGCUGAGGUUACGGUUGUGU